AGUUCGACUCAGCUCCGCCGCGCGUGUCAGCCGAUGGAAGAGCUGCGGGCCGCCGUGACGGCGCACUUGGACCAGGUAGCGGGCCUCGUGCAGGCGCUCUCCUCCGAGCUCCGCCGCGGCAUAGGUCCCGCCGCCGACAACCUGCGCGCCUUCAUCCGCGCCGUUGACUGGACGGAGCCAUGGCUCAUGUGCUUGAUGGCAUUCCAUGUGGUUCUGCUGCUCACUGCUGUAGGGUUCAGGAGGAAUGCCAAUUUCCAGCUAUUCUUGUUAUUUCUUGCUUAUUCAGGAGUGUAUCUAGCUGAAAAGAUGAACAGAUACCUGGGAGAGAACUGGAAGAGCUUUACCAGUAGGAAUUAUUUUGAUCGUUCUGGAGUUUUUAUCUCUGUCGUCUGGUCUGGGCCCCUUAUUGUCAUAUCGAUUGUCAGUGUGAUUAGCAGCCUCAUUGCAUUAUGUCGAUUGAUGGUGAAAUGGAAAAGAGCAGAACUUAGGCACCGGGCUCGACUUGCUCAUGACAAGAAGGAUUGAGAGAAGAGAAAAAAAUCCUUAUUAUGGGAGAAUCGAAUGAUUUAGUGAUUUUGAACUUUUCUAAGUUUGUAUGCCGCUUGUCAACAGGGCACUCAAGAAUUAAGUGUUGGAAAUCCUGGAUAAGCGAGGAGUGUCUACAGCUAUUGUUCCUGCUGGUCACUGUAGGACAGUAGCAGCUAGACAUACUUCAUAAAAAAAUAGAUAUGGUACCUGUCUCUAUCUUGUUUUAGAUUGUAGAUGUAAACAUGGAUGUAAUCUUGAUUGAAACUGCCAAGAUUUGUAGAACAAAGCCUCACUGUUUCGUUUCCCAUCACAAAUAUGAAAUAUGAGACGCGGAAGUGA